AUGAACACCGAUUUAUUCGAUAUCAGAGUUGAGGAAAUCAAUAAAUCUAGAAGAAUUUUGGAAUCAAAGACUAUGAAAGAUAGAAAAGCAGCUUUCGAAAAAAUCGAUGUUGCUGAAAAACCAGCUAGGCCACAUAAAUUUACCCUAAAGAGCCAAUCUCCAAUUUCCGUAAUGAAUACAGAUAGACUCUUAGAAAUGUAUACUAAAUCAAGUGUGGUUCCUGAUAAACCUUCAGAGAAUGUCUCUAGUAGAAGAAUUACAAGUUCUAAUAUCGGUAAAAAAAGCGCAGAAAAAACUAAAACCAUUGACUCUAUCAAUAAUGUUAGUGACAGUGCAGACGGAACAGUUUCGUCAAACAGUGCGGACAGAAAUGUUAAAGAAACUCCGGAAAGGAGUACGGCCAAGUGUUUUGAAGAAAAACCAACGGAUUCGAAAAUCGAUACAAGCAGAAAUCGUAAUGAACAAUAUACAGCAACAGAAACUGUAUCUGUACCAAUAAAUACUUCAAAUGUAAUUAAAGCUACUACAGUUCAUACUGCAAAUGAUAAAACACAGAACCUUUUAGAGCUUAUGGUGAAUAUACAAAUAUAA